AUGAAUAGUAUCCAGGAGACCAGAGCUGCGCUCGAAGCUGAAGGCGUCCACAUCGGCGGGUGGUCGUUGAAGCAGGCAUUUGUCAGGAGCAAGGCAUCGCCUGUUGAUGAUGGUGUGCACCAACCUGAGCAGAACGAGGCCUUCAUUGACUGGAGUGUUGCUGAAGAGCGAGCCCUGGUGCGGAAACUGGAUUUCCGAGUGCUGUUCCCAUGCUGCAUUCUUUACUUUCUGGCAUAUUUGGACAGAGCAAAUAUGGGCUUCGUGAACGUGCUGCAGAAAGGAACCCCUGAUAACUUCAGUGAAAGCCUGCACCUGCACGGGACGGACUUCAACUGGGCAGUGUCGAUCACAUACUUCAUGACAACCGUCUUGCUUCUACCGUCGAAUCUGCUUAUGAAAACCAUCAGUGGCAAGAACUAUUUUCCGAUCAUCAUGGUCGGAUUUGGGACUGUGGUUUGCUGCCUCGGCGCGGUGCAAAAUCGAGCAGGCCUCUUCGCAGCACGGUUCUUCCUCGGCGUUCCGGAGGCUGGCGUGGUCCCUGCUUGCCUAAUGUAUUUCUCUUUCUGGUAUAAGCCAGAAGAGAGAGCCCUGAGAUUUGGCAUCUUCUAUGCGGCGAAUUCUUUGGCCACGGGUCUCGGCGGGUUCAUCGCAAACGGUGUGGACGAUCUCGACGGAAAGGGUGGCCUGCCUAGCUGGCGAUGGCUGUUCAUCAUUGAAGGGUUAAUGUCCAUUGCCAUGGCACCGGUUGUAUACUUCCUCCUGCUCACGUUCCCAGAGACCACCACAGCCUUCAACGAGCGAGAGAGACACAUCGCUAUCAAUCGAUUUGGACGAGGUUCGACAAGGCAGACUGAUGCCACCUGGGAUACAAGGGCCGUUUUGCAGGUGCUGUCGCGCCCGUCGACAUAUGUCUUCUUUGUAUCGUACAUUUGCCUUUUGAUUGUGGCAGUCUCAUUGGGGACGUUUCUGCCGAUCAUCCUCACCAACUUUGCGGGUUUCUCCAGCACACAGUCCAACGAGUACACUUCCGCGGUGUAUCUAGUUGCCAUUCCGAUCUACGCCUUUUGGUCCUGGCAUUCUGACCACGCCAGGGAGCGAAUGUGGCAUUACUUGCUACCCGUGCUCGGAGCCAUUCCUUGCUUUGCCGUGUGGACGUAUGUUGCAGCACAUCGAAGUCUCGAAGGCCUCAAACCAAUCACACUCUACGGCCUGGCGUUUCUCGGAAAUCUUGUCUCCAUCGCGCAACCGGCAGCAUUGAGCUACCGGUCAUCGACAUUGUAUGGGGCGGCAGAACAGGCCGUUGGAGGCGCAACAGCGGUCGCUGCGUUGUCCAUCUCAAGCAUCAUCGGACCGCAAAUAUAUCGGACGAGCGAAAGUCCGUGGUAUCUCAGUGGCUUCUCGACGUCGUGCGGCACUCUCGCGUUUACUGUGAUCGGAUUCGCAAGCUUGCCGCUGUGGUUCUUCCUGGAAGCUAGGCAGCGGAAGAAGAACACUGGACACGCUUUGCCUCUGAGAGCGCUGGACGACGCACUUCAGGCACAGGUAUCUGACGCGGUUAGAACGCAGGCGAACCUCCAGACGGCCAUGGAAGAAAAGGUGGACCUCGAACGCGAGGCUGCAAACCAGGCUGAACAUGUUGAGACCAUGGAGAUGAAUGAGCCAGAGCAAGCAAGCGAGUCGACUCCUCCCCUUCUGUUCUCUGGAAACGGUACUCGGGCCUCAGCAGAUGCCUCUCCUUUGGCAUCGAGCACGAUCGAUCGCUUUCACAACUCGUCGUUUCUGUGUCGCACCGCCAUUCUGGGUCAAGAUUUCCACGACAUCGAUCAUGCCAAUGGCGGCACCACUGCUCGUAACCCAGAGCAUACGCUGUCUUCGACAGAUCUCGAAACUCUGAAGCUCCAUAAUGCGUUUGAGCUGCCGGAUUAUCCGGAGCGCCAAAGUUUGAUCGAUGUGUUCUUCGACAAAUGCUGGGCCUUCAUGCCUGUGGUCGAUCGACUCGGGCUCGAUCCCACGGAGACUGACAGCCCCAUUUCUUAUCUACUGCUGCAGGCAGUCUUGCUGGCCGGUCGUAAUAUGCGCCCUCACCGAUAUCCAGCCUCGAUGACGGAAGUUCUCUACAGACGGCUAAAGGCCUUGGUCUACUCUGGCCAUGAACGCAGCCCUCUAGAUCUAGUAGCGGCUCUCUGUCUAAUCCAGUGGAGCACAGCAGUUGCACCAAAGGACAUUACGCAAGACUCUCCACGAUACUGGACGACGAUGGCCGUUGACGCAUUUGGUGGACCCUCUGUGCCCGCGACAAUUUGUCGGCGUCAGCACAUGGAAGGCCACGGCUCAUCAACCCCCUUGAUUGCGACCAACCUCCCCUAA